AGCUGCGAAUUAUAUAAUUUGUUGAUUAUUCUAUGGAAACUGGUCUUUGAAGCGGGAAGAAAAAACAGUUAAAUAAGGUCAACUGCUCUUCCAACUUCUUCAAAAAUUUAAAAUCCUUUUAAAUUCAUUAGGCGAAAUUGAAGCUGUGGGAGAAGUUUAAGAUUCACGAAGAAGAAGAUGGUGGGUACGCGGCGGCCGCAGUUGGUGCUGUUCGGAUCAUCCGUUGUUCAAAUGAGCUUCAACGUUGGAGGCUGGGGUGCCAUUUUGGCUGACCUUUACGCGCGAAAGGCGGAUGUAUUACUACGAGGAUACUCUGGUUGGAAUACAAGGAUGGCUCUCCACGUCUUGGACGAGGUUUUCCCCAAGGACGAACCUGUUCAGCCUUCUUUAGUUAUACUAUACUUUGGUGGUAAUGAUGCAACGAACCCUCACCCAACUGGCCUCGGUACUCAUGUGCCUCUUCCCGAAUACAUUGAAAACAUGAAAAAGAUGAUACUUCAUAUCAAGAGUCUUUCAGAUGAGACGAGGAUCAUAUGUCUUACUUCUCCUCCCGUCAACGAAGCAAGAGUUCGUGAACUUUUCGGAAAUGCAUUAGAUGAUCAAGUGCGAACCAACGAAGGCUGCCGUAUAUAUUCAGAAAAAUUAGUGGAGUUAUGCAGAGAAAUGGAUGUUGAGGCCAUCAAUCUUUGGACUGCUAUUCAAGAAAGAGAUGACUGGACUGAUUCUUGCUUUAUAGAUGGAAUCCAUUUGUCAGCUGAAGGGUCCCAAACUGUGGUGAAGGAGAUACUGAAGGUGCUCAAGAGGGUGGAUUGGGAGCCAAGCCUCUACUGGUUGGAAAUGGCAUCUGAAUUUCCCGACGAUUCGCCAUAUUAUGUCGUCGGCCCCGAUGGUAAAACUACUGUAAAUUUGAGCAGCCGCUUUGGUACUUGGCAAAAUGUGUGGCUCGAUAUUUAGCACAAAUGCAAGAUGCAAACUAGAUGAAACUUUGGAAUUUUGGCAAUGUUGCUGUCUGUGCCCAGUUUCUAUUUUUAGUAGUACUUAAUAAGUUGAA